AGCGAGGGCAAAGAGUAAACAGGUAGAGGUAGAUGUGUAAAGAGAGAGAGAGAGAGAGAGACACACACACACACACAAAGAGAGUGUACGACAGAUGAGAGCGAAAGAGAGAGAGACCCCGUGGGCACAACUCAGACACUGAAACAAUCAUCUUCCAAGGACCAGAACAACACAGGUGAGAGAGAGACAAGAGAUUCUGACCAUGGCGUCGUUCGAACCUCAGGGCCAGUCUCCUCCUUGCUGUGGCCCCCAGUUCCCCAGCUUGGGCCAGGAACCUCCAGAACUCAGCAUGUACAGUGACUGCUACUACCCUCCUCCAUCGCUCCCCAGCCCCCAGCGCACCUCCGACACCUCCUACGACUACAGCACCUCCUCCCCCAACCCUUACCUGUGGUUCAACGGAUCCGGCAUCAACGCUCCCCCUUACUUGGCCACCGCCGGGCCUCCAGGUAACCCCGGGCCCCCCUUCGUCCCCCAGCACUAUGGAAUGCAGAGGCCCUACCUGGGGUCCAGCGGGGCGGGGGUCCCUGGGGGGGAGCUGAGCUGGUUCUCUCUGCCCUCACAGGAAGACCUGAUGAAGCUGGUACGCCCGCCCUACUCCUACUCUGCCCUCAUCGCCAUGGCGAUCCACGGUGCCCCGGAGCGGCGGCUGACCCUGAGUCAGAUCUACCAGUACGUGGCCGAUAACUUCCCCUUCUACAACAAGAGCAAGGCUGGCUGGCAGAACUCGAUCAGGCACAACCUGUCACUUAACGACUGCUUUAAGAAGGUCCCCAGAGACGAGGACGAUCCUGGUAAGGGUAACUACUGGACACUAGACCCAAACUGUGAGAAGAUGUUUGACAAUGGAAACUUCCGUCGUAAGAGGAAGAGGAAGUCUGAUUCGCUGUCUGGAGGAGAGGGGGAGUCAGUAGGGCUGGAGUCAGGUGAUCCCAAUGACCGGGGGAGUCCCCCACCCCCCAGCAACCAUGGGAUCAACAUGUCCCCCACGACAGAGAGAAUCUCGUCCCCUUCCUCCUCAGGUACCGCCCCUUGCCUGAGCAGCUUCCUGUCUGAGAUGUCUGGAGUGGCAUCUGGGGGAGCCAAUGUAAUCGGAGGAGAUUCGCUGAACCAUGCCCUGCCCAUAACCCUUACCCUGGAUGGGACCCAGAGGCCUACACAGCCUGGGGGUUUUGGUAGUUACUGCCCUAGCUCAGGUGCUUCGGAGUGGGCUUCCCAGCUACCGCCUCCUCCUGGCCUCUCCUCCUCGCCCACCCACUCCUCCCUGGGUUACAGCAGCCCCAUCCUCAGCCAGUUCAAUGGGCAUUUCUACCCUGGCUUGGGCUCAGCAAGCAUCCUAUACCCACGGGAAGGCACAGAGGUCUGAAGAGACUGAUAGAGAGGGAGACAAGGAUGGGCAGAAGACAACUAGAGGUCUGAAGAGACUGAUAGAGGGGGAGACAGGGAUGGGCAGAGACUGAUAGAGGGGGAGACAGGGAUGGGCAGAGACUGAUAGAGGGGGAGACAGGGAUGGGCAGAAGACAACUAGAGGUCUGAAGAGACUGAUAGAGAGGGAGACAAGGAUGGGCAGAAGACAACUAGAGGUCUGAAGAGACUGAUAGAGGGGGAGACAGGGAUGGGCAGAAGACAACUAGAGGUCUGAAGAGACUGAUAGAGAGGGAGACAGGGAUGGGCAGAAGACAACUAGAGGUCUGAAGAGACUGAUAGAGAGGGAGACAGGGAUGGACAGAAGACAACUAGAGGUCUGAAGAGACUGAUAGAGAGGGAGACAGGGAUGGACAGAAGACAACUAGAGGUCUGAAGAGACUGAUAGAGAGGGAGACAGGGAUGGGCAGAAGACAACUAGAGGUCUGAAGAGACUGAUAGAGGGGGAGACAGGGAUGGGCAGAAGACAACUAGAGGUCUGAAGAGACUGAUAGAGGGGGAGACAGGGAUGGACAGAAGACAACUAGAGGUCUGAAGAGACUGAUAGAGAGGGAGACAGGGAUGAGCAGAGACUGAUAGAGGGGGAGACAGGGAUGGGCAGAAGACAACUAGAGGUCUGAAGAGACUAAAGAAAGAAGGAGAGUGAGAAAGAGACUUCUACCUGAGACUGAACUGUCUGCACACACACACACACACACACACACACACACACACACACACACACACACACACACUAGUCCGUUAGCGCUGACAGGGCAGGGCUUAGUUGCAUGUGACAGCAGGAUGAGCAGGGCCUGGUUCCCAAGGAAACAGCAGAGUCAGCCAUGACACACAAAUCUAUGAUUGCUGACUGUCAUGACAUUUUGUAUAUAUUUGUAUUUGUAUUUAAGGUGUGUAUUUUAUUGGUUAUGUAUGUGUUUUUAUCUCUGAGUACUUGCGUCUAAAACAUUUGUUCAACAUGUGCCAUUGUUAGAAUAGUGAUUUUCGAUGGAUGGCGCAGACCUGGGUUCAGAUACAUGUGUAUUGAGUAUUUGUUAUUCAAAUAUUUUGUUCUGUGUAUUUAAGUAUUUUCAAAUAAACAGCUCAAAACAAGUCCUUUUAAUUGAGCAUUUGAAUGGUUAUUUGUGAAAAAAACAAAUAGUCAACCAAAUUGAAUCUGAAAGUAUUUUCAAAUAUUUAUUUCAUAUACUCGUAUUUGAGUCAGUGUAUUUGAGUAUUUCCUACUACUUUCUAAGUGUAUUUACAAAUACAUUUCAAUAUUCAGCUACUUGUUUUUUUUUCUUCAAAUAAAUUUGAUCUGAAUACUUGUUUUGAAUUGUAUUGAAAAGUAAUUGAAAUACCUUAAAUAGCAUUUUAACCCAGGUCUGGUAUGGCUUUAUACCAACAUUGCUCUGUUUGCUUUUGAUAAGAAUAAUAAAAUACAGAAAAACCUUC